AUUUAUUUUUGAGUUUUGCCAGACUGAUGUGCACUUGCAACACUGGACAAAUGUCAAUGUCAUUUUUUUAUUUAACAAAAUGUCAUUGGCACGUUGCAUUUACUCGGUUGUGGUCCCUUCUUGCUUGAGAGGAAUAAAACAGUCUUAUUCUAGAAAUUGUAUUAAAACCUGUGUGACGAAGACUCGGUGUUUUAGUUCAAAAGUAGUUAUUAACUUGAAUAGUGCGACUAGCAGUAUGUACAUCGCGGAAGAAAGAGGUUCACCUUAUGCUCCUGACUACCGGGUAUUCUUCAAGGAUGAGAGUGGUCCAAUCUCACCAUUACAUGACAUCCCAUUAUGGGUAGACCGCACUCAGCGUAUAGUCAACAUGGUAGUGGAGGUCCCACGUUGGAGCAACGCCAAGAUGGAAAUCAGUCUUUCUGAACAACUCAACCCAAUUAAGCAAGACGUAAAAAAGGGCGCGUUACGAUUCGUUUGCAAUGUUUUCCCGCAUCAUGGUUACAUCUGGAACUAUGGAGCACUGCCACAGACCUGGGAAAAUCCCCACCAUGUCGACCCGUCCACUCAAGCAAGAGGUGAUAAUGACCCUAUCGAUGUUUUGGAAAUUGGAGAACGAGUAGCUGGUCGUGGUGACGUAGUACCUGUUAAAAUAUUAGGCGUUUUGGCGCUUAUAGAUGAGGGAGAAACAGACUGGAAAUUAAUAGCCAUUGAUACACGCGACCCAAAUGCUUCACGAUUGGAUGAUAUAGCUGAUGUGGAAACUCAUUUCCCUGGUCUGCUGCGUGCCACAGUUGAAUGGUUCCGAUUGUACAAAGUGCCUGACGGAAAACCAAUCAACAAGUUUGCGUUCGAUGGCGAAGCAAAAGGCAAGGAAUUCGCCUACAAAGUUGUAGAUGAAGUAAGUCUACAUUUUGUUGAUGUAUAUUAUUAUGAUAACGCCUGGUGAUAAUGGUGGCCUUGUCAUGAUAACAUACAAUAAAACUGAUUUUGUGUAACGUCUCUGUGUAAACGUUAC